AGGUCUUAAUUUAGAGAAAAUUUUCUCAGUUUCAUUUUAUUUCUUGUCUGGAGUAGAUAUCUCUGUACAAGCAAAAUGGAUUAUGUUGAAGUAACCAACGUAGUCAAGGCACUUAUUGUUGCUAGAAAAGGUGGAAUGCCUGUCGAAGAAUUGGAUAGCGAAUUUGAAGAAAUAGAAGGACGUUACAUUCCAUAUUUAAAAUUAGGAUACAAUACUCUCUUCGAUUAUCUUCAAGAUGUGAAAGAAAUUAGAUACAGAAAAAAUUAUAACGGAGAUAUUUUUUUAACCGUAAAUGAUCCAAAAGUCAAUCAUUUGAAUGAAUUAAUAAAAAAUCAAAAACCAGCAAGGACGAAUAAGAAACGUAGUCGAAGACAAAGAAAAGUCCAUAACAAGAGGCAUUUGGAUUAUGAUGUCAACAAUAAUAGUUUUGAUUGUCAACAGCAUCAACAAUAUUCUCCAUCAAUUUCUUCUGGAUAUAAAAGCGCAUCCACUUCUAUGUCUGAUGAUUACGAUAGACCAAUGAUUAACAUAGACACCAGGAGGAGAAAUAAUUACGUCUAUGAGCCGAUUUUCAAUAGAAAGCAACUAAUUGGUGAUGACUUUCUCCUUCAAUUGGCAAUUAAGGAACUAAAAGUUCCGAUCUGGCGAAAAGCUGAAAAAUCUGCCUUAUAUACUGGAUUGUGUGUCUCAGGUCAAACGAUUCGUCAAUGCAUUAGAAAAUUGGAUACAAUGAAUGCUAUUUCAGAUAGAAUAACUAUAAUGUUAGGUGCCGUUGACAUAUACCAAGGAAGAACUUUGGAGCAGAUGCGAGCCGAUUAUAGAGAGCUUUUAAAUCUUAUUGAAAUUAAGUUUAAUAUACCGCGAACCUCAAUCACACUGUGCACAAUUCCACCGUUGGCAAAUUUGAGUUUUCGAAUUGAUUUCGAAAAAUGCAGUACAUUACAUUUAUUCAAUAACUGGCUCCGUAAUAUUUGGCGCGAGUACUGCGAAUUCGAUAUGAAUGGUUACUAUUUGAAUUAUAGUUUAGCUGAUUUUGACGAAACUUUUAGAAACGAUGCCGGUGGCAUCAACUAUAAUUACUAUCAAAAUGAUGCCCGCUAUGUAUCUGGCACUCGACAACCAUGGGUCCUGUUCAAUGGAAGAGGACGAAAAUUAGCUUUACAUCUAAUACAAUAUUCAUAGGUGACAAAAAAAAAUUAGAUCCUUUAUUUGAUAAAUUUCUUUUAAAUAUUUUCCCAUAAUCCCCUCAAAAAUUAUUUAAAAGAAUUUUUAUCAAAUUUUGGAAAAAAUUUUGCGAAAUUACCUAUUUCAAUUAUUGUAUAGAUUGAAAAUUGAAAAUCAAUUUUUUUAAAAUGAAAUUACCUAUUUCAAAAGUCUCUCAAUUUGGGAAAAUAUUUUUAAAAAUCUAAAUGAACAAAAAUUUAUUGUUAUUCUCGUUUUAUUUUUGGAGAAAAGAACGUUUUUUUUAAAUACCAUUCUUUACGUCGACUACUGAAUUGGUUAUUUCAAGAAAAACCUCCCUUUUUCCUAAAAAAAGACGAAUAUAAAAAAUUUUUGUCAUUUAAAUUUUUGCUCUAAAUAUUUUUUAAAAAAAUGAAGAAAUUGAGAAUUUUAAUUUGUUAGUUUGUAGUUAUUUAUGUGCGUAUGUGUAAAUUAUUUAUUUAUUGUCUACAAAACUUUUUUAUAAGUGAAUGUGUGUAUGUAUUUAUUUACUAGUUUUCCAAUGUGCCAAAAAUAAAAAUGACUGUUAAUAUUAUUGUAACAAUUAAAAAAAGUCAUUUUAGUAAUAAAAGUUAAAUACUCGAAA